UAUAUAUUAGCAGCUUUUUACUGCCUUAUUUUUUUUUUACAGUGCGACCAAGUUAAUAAAAGCUGCCUCUUAAGUGGCUCCCCAGUCAAUCUUAAACUUCCAUUCAGUCUGGUUCAAAGUUUAUGGGAAAUAGUGGAUACGUUGUUUUGAUUUUUGUGAAUUCAUUCAUAGUGCGGAGUGUAUUUUAAUUAGCACCAUGCUCUCGAUAAUACUAUUUGGAUUAAUUUUAAUAAUUCUAAUACGUGAGGCCUAUAAAUUCAUGUACUAUAGGCCACCAAAUUUCCCGCCAGGUCCACCGCGGAUUCCUAUAUUUGGAAGUUAUCUCCUAAUGCUCCUAAUGAACCGAAAGGAUCUCCAUUUUGCCGCUCUUACCCUUAGCAAAUGGUACAAAUCAAAAGUUAUUGGCCUGUACCUCGGUGGUACUCCAACUGUUAUUUGCCACGAUAGUGAGGGAGUUAAAGAGAUUCUCAAUAGAAAUGAAUUCGAUGGGCGUGCGGAUAUUUAUUUAGCUCGUAUGCGAGAUCCUAAUCACAAUCUUCGUGGGAUUUUCUUCACGGAAGGUCCUUUCUGGAAAAAUCAGCGACGAUUCACGCUAAGGCACCUUCGUGACUAUGGCUUUGGGAGACGUUUCACUGAAUUGGAAAUUGAAGUUCGAGAUGAGAUUUGCUUAUUUUUGGACAUUCUCCGAAAUGGACCAAAAUAUCCGCAUGAACAUGGUAUGAUGAAAAAUGGGCAUGUUCUAAUACCUGACAUCUUUUUUGCCUCAAGUGGUAAUGCAUUUCUCAAGAUUAUGUCUGGAGAUAAACUCCCUCGCGAGGAGCAAGGAAUUCUCUUUGAAACCGGUCGUCGCGGGGUUCAAUUCCAAGCCGCUGGCGAUGAUUAUGGCAAGUUGUUGAGUGUUAUUCCCUGGAUCAGACACAUAUUUCCGGAUAAGAGUGACUACAUUAACCUUCGUGAUGGAAAUGGUGGGAUCUACGAUUAUAUAAAAUCCAUCAUUGAUAGACAUAUUGAGACGUUUGACGAAACGCACGACAGAAAUUUCAUUGAUCUCUACAUCCAGCAGAUAAAAGCACAGGAAAAGGAAGGAACGGAAAAUCCAUAUUUUCACUACGAACAACUGAUUCUGAUUUGCGUGGACUUUUUCUUCCCUGCUCUAACUGGAGUUCCAGUGACCCUGGCACUCUUCUUCCAGCGUCUUCUGUACCAGCCUGAAAUUCUUGCAAAGAUGCAAAAAGAAAUUGACGAAGUUGUUGGCAGAGGUCGACUUCCAAGUCUCGAUGAUAGAAUCAACCUUCCCUACGUGGAGGCUACUGUUCGUGAAAUAAUGCGCUUUGAGACCCUCGUGCCAUCUUCCAUUCCCCACAAAGCUCUCGUUGAUACAAAAUUCAUGGGCUAUGACGUCCCAGCGGGUUCUUUUGUAGUUCCAGGAUUAUACGCUCUACACAAUGAUCCUGACGUCUGGGGAGAUCCACAUGUUUUCCGCCCUGAACGAUUAAUUGGACCAGAUGGAAAACUUUCCCUAAAGCUCGACAAAUCCCUGCCAUUUGGUGCUGGGAAGCGACUCUGUGCGGGAGAAACUUUUGCACGCAACACCCUCUUCCUCAUGAUUGCUGCUCUUGCACAAAAUUUCAACAUAAGACAAGCACCCGGUGAUAAGCUUCCGGAUCUCAAGAAAAAUUAUACCGGCAUUAUACGGAUGACACCGCAGUACUGGCUCAAGUUUGAAUGGAGAUGAAAUCAAGGCUAUGUCGGAGCUUUUUAAUUAAUCGCACACUCUUAUCAUAAUGAUGCGUUUCACAACAUGCGUGUUUUAUUUAAUGUCGCGUGUUUUAAAAUUUUUAUUAUUGAGACAUUUAUGAAUUGGUCUUGAUAUAAAAUUAUCUCAUUUUUUUUAAAUGGUCGGCUGUCUAAAAUACAUAAAAGUUUGGCGGGUAAAAGUCAAUGCAAAUGAACCAUAUUUAGAGACAUGAUUAUACUAAAUGAUAUUGGGGUAAUUUGUACAAAAUGUGGUAAUAAAAACAAUGUUAAAAAUUA